UCAUCUCGCCCUCAGUACAAGUUUAGGCCUAAUUCCCUUUAAAAUAAAUAAUGACGAAGUUAUCACAUUAUCUUAAGACAGAUAAGUUAACAAUGUAAACAUGUUGUGUCUGGGUUUUAUCUGUCUUUAUCAGAUCCCAAUGUCUAGUCCCAAAUUCUAUUGUUAAUUCAGUCAGUUGCAUUUUAAUUACACAUGCACAAGAACCUGAUGCAAAAAUGAGUAGUAGUGAAAAAGAUUUUGAUGAUUUAAGCAAUUGGAUGACCAGUUUGCCAUCUUACAUACGGGACAUGCCACUUAUUCAUCUUGCUAUUCCUGGGACUCAUGAUUCUAUGACAUAUGGUAUAACACGCAAAUCUGAAGCUAGUCCUGAUGCUGAUCCAAAUAUUAAAAAACUGAGUAUAUUUUGUCAUAGCACGGUCAGACGAUGGGCCAUAACACAAGAGUAUGAUGUACAGGAACAGCUUCACCAGGGUAUAAGGUAUUUUGAUUUUCGAAUUGCAACCAAAAAACCCUCUUCAGACUUUUAUUUUGUGCAUGGAUUAUAUGCAGAUGAGGUUUCCAGCAGUUUGGUCAAAAUAAGAGACUUUUUGGAUACUCAUCCUGGUGAAGUUGUUAUAAUUGAUUGUCAGCACUUUUAUGAUUUUUCACGAAAUGAUCAUUUUCUGUUUUCUAAUAUGCUUUAUGAAGCUUUUACAUAUCGCAUUUGCCCCAGCAGUGGAUCAAUAAAAAAGUGUACCCUCAAUGCGUUGAAGCAAAAUAGAGAACAGCUUAUCAUCAUAUAUCGUGGUAUGACUGGUCACAAAUAUUUUUGGCCAACAUAUGUAUGGAAUAAUCCUUGGCCUGAUGAAAUAACAGUUUCGGGGCUUCUUGAUAAAUUAAAAUUUGGCUUAGAAAAUAGAGAGGUGGAUGUUGGUUAUGUUUCACAAUGUCUUCUGACACCGACCCCAAAAUUUAUUGCUUUAAGGUGGCACAGUAAUUUGAAAAACAAAUGUGCAAAGCCUGUUGCUAAAAAUUUAUUCCCCUGGAUUAAGCAGUUGGAACCAGGAUGCCCCAACGGUCGUGAUUUACGUGUUAAUGUUAUUCUUGCUGAUUUUGUAGAAAUUAAUGAAAGUAAUUUUAGUAAAUUGGUGGUGGAUUUAAAUAAAAAAUUAAUGAAAUUAGCUGAGUAAUAUAAUUUAUUGUAGUUAAUGUACACAAUUAUUCCUAUUCACAUGCUGCACAUUCUAGUCUUAUUUGUAAGGAAGUGAUAUUAUAAAUAAGAAAUAUUAUU